AUGUCUUUAGCAGGAAAAAGAGCCGUACGACCUAAACGUACCGAGGCUAAUAAUCCCCUAGGGUUUAUUAUCGAUGAGGAAGAUGUAACGCCUAGUAGCAGCGCUAGACUAGAGGAUUAG